ACACACAGUACACAAUUGCCCUGAAGAACUGACUGGAACCGAUUCAUCCGGACGACAGUUUCGCUUAUCCAUGGCGCCUGGACACCGCCUUCUGGUCAAGAUUUUACAGGGACGAAACCAUUUGCCAGUGUAAAACCAAGAAAUGGGGAUUAGGUUUAUUUGAUGGAUUCAUCAGCUACCCAAUGGCCGCUCACAUAUAGAAUACCGUAGCGACGAAAAGUACUUGAAUUGUCCAAUCGGCGCUGCAAUACAUGAACAGAAAUAAGUACCUACAGUACACGUAGCAGUAUUUCUGGUCGGCAAUACACCUAAUUUCAGAACCACUUCGCUGUCCACUAUCAGAAUUAAGCAAGAUAAAAAUGUCCCAGGUGAAACAGGUGGGGCUUCUGGCUGCAGGAUGCCAACCCUGGAACAAAGACGUGUGUGCGGCCAGUGGAGAUAGGUUUGCCUAUUGCGCGACGCUCGCAAUAUAUGUUUACCAGCUGGAUCACAGGUACAAUGAGUUCAAGCUUCGCGCAAUCAUGUCCGAACACAAGAAGACCAUCACGGCGAUAUCGUGGUGUCCCCACAACCCGGAGGUGUUCGCCAGCGCCAGCGCGGACAACCUGCUAAUCAUCUGGAACGUGGCCGAGCAGAAAUCGGUGGCGCGGCUGGAUAACACUAAGGCAGGAAUCCCUGCCUCUCUGAGCUGGUGCUGGAACGCUGGUGAUGCGGUUGCCUUCGUCUCACACCGGGGCCCGCUCUACAUCUGGACCGUGUCGGGACCGGAUUCGGGCGUGGCCGUGCACAAGGAGGCCCACAGUUUCCUGUCUGACAUCUGCCUGUUCCGCUGGCACCCCACGAAGCGGGGAAAGGUCGUCUUCGGGCACACGGAUGGGAGCCUGUCCAUCUUCCAGCCUGGCUCUAAGAAUCAGAAGCACGUCCUGAGGCCGGAGUCUUUGGAGGGUACUGAUGAGGAGGACCCGGUCACUGCCCUGGAGUGGGACCCCCUGUCCACCGACUACCUCCUGGUGGCCAACCUGCACAACGGCAUUCGUUUGGUGGACUCAGAGUCUCUGUCAUGCAUCACCACCUUCAGCUUCCCAAGCUCUGCUGCUUCCGUACAGUGCCUGGCCUGGGUCCCCAGUGCCCCUGGCAUGUUUAUUACAGGAGAUUCACAGGUGGGUGUGUUGAGGGUAUGGAACGUGUCGAGGACUACGCCGCUGGACAAUUUCAAGCUGAAGAAGACCGGCUUCCAUGCGUUGCACGUGCUGAACUCCCCACCCGCUAAGAAAGCCGUUGCGUCGAUCUCCCCGACCAAAAACCACCACACGUCCUCCACCAGCGAGGCCGUCCCCCCGCCCACGCUGUCCCAGAACCGGGCCUUCUCUCUGCCCCCAGGCCAUGCCGUCUGCUGCUUCAUGGAUGGGGGCGUGGGGCUGUACGACAUGGGGGCCAAGAAGUGGGACUUCCUCAGAGAUCUGGGACACGUGGAGACAAUAUUUGACUGCAAAUUCAAACCAGAUGACCCAAAUCUCCUGGCAACUGCAUCUUUUGAUGGGACUAUAAAAGUGUGGGACAUUAACACAUUGACCGCGGUUUACACAUCACCAGGAAAUGAAGGGGUUGUCUACUCACUCUCCUGGGCUCCAGGAGACCUGAACUGUAUUGCCGGUGCCACGUCUCGAAAUGGUGGCUUCAUCUGGGAUGUGAAAAAAGGCAAAAUGAUCACCAGGUUUAACGAGCAUGGGAAAAACGGGAUCUUCUGCAUCGCUUGGAGCCACAAAGACUCAAAAAGAAUCGCUACGUGCAGUGGAGAUGGCUUCUGCAUAAUCCGCACGAUCGACGGAAAGGUGCUACACAAAUAUAAGCAUCCCGCUGCGGUGUUCGGCUGCGACUGGAGCCAAAACAACAAAGACAUGAUCGCCACCGGCUGCGAGGAUAAGAACGUGCGGGUGUACUACCUGGCCACCAGCUCGGACCAGCCGCUCAAGGUGUUCACCGGCCACACCGCCAAGGUGUUCCACGUCCGGUGGUCACCCCUGAGGGAGGGCAUCCUCUGCAGCGGAUCUGACGAUGGGACCGUGCGAAUUUGGGACUACACUCAGGACGCCUGUAUUAACGUGCUGAGCGGCCACACUGCACCCGUUAGGGGUCUGAUGUGGAACACUGAGGUCCCGUACCUGCUGACCUCCGGGAGCUGGGACUACACCAUCCGAGUUUGGGACACCCGAGACGGGACGUGUCUGGACACUGUGUACGAUCAUGGGGCAGACGUCUAUGGUUUGACGUGUCACCCCAGCCGCCCCUUCACCAUGGCCUCCUGUUCCCGGGACUCCACAGUCAGGCUGUGGUCUCUCACCCCCCUCAUCGCCCCUCUCCUCAUCAACAUCUUGGUCGAUCGCAGCUGGGAUGACAUCAUCGGGAACACAGAUCGUGCAAUGGUGCCUGGUGCCCCUCCCCUUCUCUGCGGUAAAGUAUCCAGGGACAUCAAACAGGAGCUGGAUAAAUUGUCUAGUGAUGUUCGUGUGAAGAAGCUGAGGUGGUUCUCUGAGUGUUUCUCUCCUCCUGGCGGAAGUAACAACCUUUGGGACCUUGUAGCCGUGACGACGGGUCAGGAUGACAGCUUGCUACCCCAGAGCUAUGGAAAGGGCAUCAUGCACAUGAAACACUUGGUCAGGUUCAAGACUUCAGAGGCGCAGGAGCUGACGAUAGUGAAGAUGUCCAAGUUCGGAGGAGGGAUAGGCGCUCCAAGUAAGGAGGAGAGGCUGAGGGACGCCGCUGAGAUUCACCUGCGGCUGGGACAGAUACAGAGAUACUGCGAGCUCAUGGUGGAGCUGGGAGAGUGGGAUAAAGCACUAUCAGUGGCACCUGGUGUAUCCUUGAAAUAUUGGAAAAAACUGAUGCAAAGGAGAGCUGACCAGCUUAUGCAAGAGGACAACAAUGAUGUUAUCCCAUACUGCAUAGCAACGGGCGACGUGAAGAAACUGGUCAAUUUCUUCACCUCUAGGGGCCAACUGAAGGAGGCCCUGCUCGUUGCCCAGGGUGCAUGUGAGGGGAACAUUCACGUGCCGCAGACCUCUUCGAUAAACCACUCCGCGAGCGCAGACGAAGACAACAUCAGCAUGUACAACGGGCUGCUGCACGGCGUCUGUACAGAGCUGGCAGAGUGGUACUUUCAGGACGGGCGAGCGAUACUGGCAGCCUGCUGUCAGCUGGCAGUGGAUAACACAGAGUUGGCAAUGGCCAGUCUGAUUAGGGGUAAUGAGCUGGAACUGGCCGUAUGCGUUGGAAUGGUGCUGGGAGAGGCAGCCAAUCAGGCGACACAUUACGUCUUGGAACUUCUGGCCAGGAAGUACAUGACUGCUCCCGCCUGCUUUCCAUCUGUUGGAUACAGGGACCUGGCUGCCGAUCUGUUACAAAUGAUUCCAGACAACGAAAUCCUAUUGGUCAAGCUGUGUGCAUUCUACCCAGGGAGUGCUGCAGAAAUCAAUGAUCUUCAUGAAAAAUGCAAUCUGCCAAGUUUAGAAGAAUGUAAAGAAUUAGGGGAACAGGCGUACAGUGAUGGAGAGAUUUUCCAAGCUGUUAAAUACUACCUUUUGAGUCAAGAGCCAGAGAAAGCCCUGCCUAUAGGAAUCUCAUUUGUUAAAGAACAACUUAGCAGGACUGACUGGACUUUGAAUUCAGUGCAUCCCAUCCUCGAUCUGCUAAGUUACAUCCGAACCGAUAGGCUCAUUCUUCCUAAAGUUAACGAGAGCCAUAAUGAGCUGCUCAUCCUCUGUGGGUACAUCGGUGCUCUCCUGGCUAUCCGGAGGCAGUACUCUAGCAUCGUUCCUGCUCUGUACGAGUACACCAGCCAGCUGCUGAAGAGGCGGGAGGUGUCCAUCCCUCUGGAGAUCCAGCAGCUCUCUGUGGAGCUGGAUGCGUGGCGGGCCUGCACAAUGCCUCACAACAAGUCCCCUGAGGAGGUGACAUAUACGCCCCCGUCUGAGGCCCAGAAGGCUGAGUACGCCCUCCUGCUGGGCCGAAUUAGGGAGGAGGCCCUCAGGGGGAUGGAGGGGCCGGACUAUGUGACCGGCUCAAACCUCCCCAGCCACUCCGACGUCCAGGUCUCCUGUUUCACAGGCCUGCGGAUACAGGGCCCUGUAUUUUUCCUUGAAGAUGGGAAGUCAGCGAUUUCGCUCAACGACGCCCUGAUGUGGGCCAAAGUGAAUCCGUUCUCACCGCUUGGCACAGGGAUGCGCAUUAACCCCUUCUGAACACAGCGUACGGUAAAGCUAGCCAGCAGCGCUUGGCCGUUGUGACAGAGAGGCACAGGCAGAGACACGGCGGGUGUGUGAGUAUCUGGUUUGGAGGGUAUCUUUGUCGGAAGAACAGGGGGAGCGACAGCUCAAGAUGGGCGACGAUAGAAUUGUCAAAAAGUGCCGUGAGGUGAACGGUCGAUUGUGAAUUCCAAAGGUUGUCCUCCCGCGGUGUGCGGCAUGGAGAAAUGCGCAGAGUUUGUGCUAAAAACAGGCUGAUUGGCAGAGGGAAACAUGAAAGAUAAUUGGUUAACAUUCACACGAGCACCUUUACUGAAAGGAUGGAACAGAGUGCUUAAGUGCACCAGCAUUUGAAUUAGAUUUUAAUGUGACAAAACAAAUCUGUUUUUUUUUUUUUACCUAUUUGGUCAGAACGCAUGAUCCUUAUGGAAAAAAAAUACAUUUUAAUGCAGGAUGGUAGAUGUAUUCUCGAACUGAAAACGCUUCUUCCAAAGUGGUUUGAGAAAAAUCUGGAAGGAAAAAACACAUUACUCAUGGUCAUAAUGCAUACCUCAUACCUUUAAUACCUGCCCACAAACUGUUGUGUGUGCUUUUGACUGUUUGCAUAUGUUUUUCAAAUCCUUCCUGUUGUUUGUUUCCUUUCCUUAGCAUUAUUUCAUUCAAAGCAAAGUAUAGUCAAUCAGAACAAGAAUUCAAACAGAAGAAAAUUGUUUGAUGUUCAUUUUAUGAAACGGAAGACAGAGAUGUCUUCAAAAAUUCAGUUGUUUAACAUGCAAUGCACCUAUUACUUUAUCUAUAAAAACAUAAUGGAUGAUAAUCAAAAAAACUGCAGUAUCUAUGGGAUUGUUAACAAGUGGUAGUAUGACGCCAGUCGCUUUGCUUCGAAACAAGUCAGGCAGUAGUGUGUAUUGUAUUUGACUGUGAAUGUAAACAUUUUUGUAGAUACAAAAAAGACAGAAAGAGAGAUCUGUAAAGAUAUGGAUUUUAUUUAUUAACUGUAUAUAUUAAAUAUUGUUUGGCUGUGCAGUAUUACCAUAUCAGGGUUGUGCGUGUUUGGAUAUGGAAAAUCAUAAAGUUAAAAAAAUUUAAAAAAUAUGUUUUUCAUUUACAAAUUCAGUGUGUUUCCUCACUGUUGGGGAAAUUGGAAUUUAAAUGUCCCAUUGACAAUUGGGAUGUGUUUUAACAUAUUUCAAAUGUGCAAACCCAAGACUUAAGACAGUUGUUGGCUUACCUUCAACAAAGGUAGUACUUUCUCUUCAAUUUGCACAUUGAUUUAGUAUCAUAGAGUAGUUACUGUGUGAUUAAAAUUAUAUCUGCAAGUUGUGCCUUAAUAAAGUAGAAGACAAAACAUUCAUUAUCCUUACCAGUUUAAUAAUGUACAUGUGGAAUGCAUUAGUUGCAUUAGCCUUUAAAAGCUUUACGGGGCAAUUGCAGCAUGCUUAGCUGGAGUUUAAACCUCUACACCACAGAGUGGCAUUAAAACUGGAGCAGCUAUCCAAAUCCAAAUAAGGACUAGCUGUUCCAGAUGUAAUGCAGUCGUGUGGUCUAAAACCUGCAGUUUGAACCUAAGCACGUUGCAGUUGACUCUACAACAGUGGUGUCAAACUCAUGCCAUGGAGGGCCGUGUGUAUGCAGGUUUUCAUUCCAGCCUCAGAUCUUGAUUAUAUAAUUAGUUAAAUUAUUUGCUGAAUUAGGGAUGCAGGUUUGUGCACAAUGGUGACCCAACGUCUAUGGUGACCCGCAUUGUCUAAAUAAAAAUUUUCUUAUAUUCUGUGCUUCAAUGCAGUUAAACGCAUAUGGCUGAAUGAGUAAUUGGACUCAAUUAAGGCAGCAUUAAUUGGUUGGAAUGAAAACCUGCAUACACACGGCCCUCCAUGGCACGAGUUUAACACCACUGCUCUACAAGUUUCCAAGACAGAGGGCACCUGAGCGUGCCUGGGAGUUUCUGUGAAAUUAUUUAAGUUAUUAUUACAGUGUUUUUUAGCACUGGUUCAAAGGUACCACGCUAGUUUGUUUUCCUCAGGUUUCACUGCAAUAUGUAACUGUGUUUGUAUUUAUUCAUUUGCUUAUUUAUUUAUCGAUGUACUGUGAAUAUCAGCUGCUGUUCAGUCACUGCAAUAGACUGCAUUUGACUGCCAGAUCUAUUGUCCGGCAUAAUGGUAAAAUUAUAGUUGUCAAAAAGUAAUAUACAUUUAUUAUCCAGGUUUGCCCUUGAUCUUGAUAAUUGCUCUUGUUGGAGAUUGCUCAUCAGAACAAAAAUGCAGGCAGGCAGACUUAAAAAUAAAAACAAAGAAAGCCAGCUAGUGUAGAAACAUGUUACGUAAUGGUGUAGUUCUCACUUAAUGGCUUUGUGUUGCGUAUUUACAUCUCAAGUGUAAGCAAUAUGAAAUAAACCUUUUCAUACAGUU